GUCAAAGCUGGAUACAUCAGCUAUAGAAGCUAGAAAUGGCAAGGAUAUACAGGGAAUACCUUGGGAAAGGCUUAAUUUUACCAGAGACAAGUACCGCGAGACGAGGUUGAUGCAGUAUAAGAACUACGAGAGCCUGUCUCGCUCUCGUGAAGAUCUUGAAAAGAAGUGCAAGGAAGUAGGAAAAGGACACAGCUUCUACGACUUCCAGUUCAAUACAAGGCUCGUCAAAUCAACUAUUGUGCACUUUCAGGUAACAUAAAUUCUUUAGCCUUUUCUUGUUUGGGUUUAUGUUAACCUUUGAUCAAGAAAAUCGUGGACUGGUCUGCCUCCCUGUAGUUCUUUGUGAUUGAUUUAGUCUCUGUUGUCUCAUUUUGCAUAAUUCAAUUAAACCUGGCAAACGACUCCCAUGGCUGCCUUUCUCAUUCUUGCCUUUCAUGUUAUUUUUUCCUCAUUCAUUUUUACCUGGGAUUUUUAGUUGUUUGUUAUUUUACAUCAUUAUGAGUUAGUUAAACAAAAGUAUAUUUUUUUUGAAACUGGUAUUGUAUAAUAGGAUUUGGUUAUUUACAGUCUAAUCAUUGUGUGAGCUUUUGGUCGAUGAUCCCCGUCGCCUUUUUCUCGUUUCCAUGCAAUAACUAUACCUCUGCAGGUGCUCUGCUCCUAAUGUUCUGGAUAUUUUGAUUUAAACUGUUAGGCUGUUGGUUCACCCUUUCAUUAAUUCCAGAGGUAUGGAGUCUGUAUCCUCAUCGAACAAUUCAGUGAGUUUGAUGCUUGAUAUGGAAUUACUUAAACAUUGACUAUAUGUGUCUCUAACGCAUUUGUGGACAGCUUUCUGGGAUAAUAUGUCACCAGAGCCAGUAUGUUUGAGAUGAUGCCUCUUAUGGCCUCCAAGCUGGUGAAUUUGCAUCUGCUAUAAAUUUAGCGUUACCUUACCAUUUCUUGAUGCAGCUAAUUUCUUUUUCUUCUUCUGUUCAGAAAACCAAAAGAUUAUGCCGAAUUUGACUUUUGCCAGUUUCUUUUGUUGCUUCUAGUAAUGGUAUUCUGGCUACAUGUCGAAGCAAACAAGAUUUACAUACAAAAACCAUUCUUUCUUAUAUUCUGCAUUUAGUUUUUAACUCAUUUUCUCAGUAAGCAGUUUAGUCUGUGCCUCGAUUGAUGUAUUGAUCCGAGAGCAGUGUUCGCAAUAUCCUUUUUGUGCAGAUUACAAACAUUUAGAGAAGUGUCUCAUGAAACUUUGUAAUUGUAGAAGAUCCUUGUUUUGGAACUUCACUCUUGAAUAUUUCAUCAUGAAUCAGCUGAAUGUAUUUUGAGGACUGGGUUUUGAUAUGGAAGCUUAGGGCCUUAGAAGCAGAUUGCAGUUAUUAUGUGAGCAGCUGGCGCAAGCAUUUUCCAUAUGUUGAGGAAUCUCUUGUGGUCGACAUCAAAACAUGAUGUGUAUCUCAUGCAAAACUACUCUGUGAUGCACUGGUCCUCACUUCUCGGAAAGGGGGAAGAAGUGCUUAAUGUUGCUAGGCCAUUGGCGCCCACUAUGAAAUACCCUGGAUCAGCGUCUCAAGCACUUUCCCGAGUGCAGAUCAGCACUAUGGUUGUUAGAGAUGGUUUGAUGGCUGCUGGGGGUUUCCAAGGGGAGCUUAUCUGUAAGUAUUUAAACCAACCUGGAGUUGUAUUCGCUACAAAAAUAAGUAACGGAGAGAAUGCUAUCACUAAUGCUGUGGAUAUUAGUUAUAGUCCAACUGGCUCGAUGAGGGUAAUCACUGCUAAUAAUGAUCAGCAAGUCAGGAUUUUUGAUGCAAAAAGCUUCGUUUGCACCAAUCAUUAUGCAUUUCCUUGGUCUGUUAACAACACCUCUGUUAGCCCCGAUGAUAAAUUACUUGCUAUCCUUGGUGAUAGUCCAGAAUGUCUACUUGCUGAUGCUCAAAGUGGAAAGGUUGUCAGCAACCUAAAAGGUCACCUAGACUAUUCAUUUUCAUCAGCUUGGCAUCCGGACGGAAGAAUUUUGGCAACUGGUAACCAAGACACAACUUGCAGAUUAUGGGAUAUAAGGAACACGUCGCAGUCCAUAGCAGUGCUGAAAGGAAGGAUGGGAGCCAUCCGUGCAAUCAAGUUCACAUCAGAUGGGCGCUUCAUGGCCAUGGCGGAGCCAGCUGAUUUUGUCCACAUAUUCGAUACGCAAUCUGAUUAUGGUACCUGUCAAGAGAUUGAUUUGUUUGGUGAGAUUGCUGGGAUAUCCUUCAGUCCUGAUACUGAAGCUCUCUUUAUUGGAGUGGCAGACCGAACCUAUGGUAGCUUGCUGGAGUUCAACCGUAAACAUUACCACCACUACCUUGAUUAUGUUUUGUAGUGAAAGGCACUUGCCUGUGUCGGUUUUAAUAUGGGCAUCUGCUUGUUUGGUAUAUAGUUUGUGUAUAUUAAUGCGAUCGUCAAAGAGCUGCGAUGAUGUCUGCGUAGCUGUUUCUGCCGAAGUAUAUUAUAUUAGGCUGCAACUAUAGGAGUAUGUAUAUCAGAACGAAUUAUGUGGCCAAAAAAUAUUUGUUAAUGGCCAGUUUUAUCACAA